ACCUGUGCGCCCAUCUCACACUCUGACCAACACGCUGAGGACUGAGCGUCUAUAAACAGCAUGUCUCUGAAUCACUUUGUUGAUGCUGCCGUUGACAAAGCGGCUUCGGUAGCUAAAGUGAAGGUAAAAUCUAUGUUUGGAGGAGGAGAUGGAAAGAGCAAGUCUGGGGGAGGCAAGUCUGGGGGAGGAAUAGGAGGCCUCUUCCCCUCUUCAGGAGAUGGAGGUGACAAGAGCAACAAGGGAGAAAAGGCAAAAGGAGGACUGUUUGAUGUACUCAAAUCUCCACCAAUGGAGGAGCCAAAAGACAAAGCCAGCGGAGGAGCAGAAAACACAGAUUUCAAUUCGGCUAUAGAUGAGCUCUCUGGUUUAUAAGCAGAAGAGGGAAGUAACGGAAGACAGUCACUCAUCCGCACGUCCACCUGUCACCAACUACUGCCUUUAUUCAACCUCAGCUUUUUUGAAAAAAAAAUAUACAUAUAACAAAGAGCCUUUUUUGUAUUUCUGUUUCACAGUGCAACAUGUGGCAGAAUGGUAUGUGGGUUGUUGUAUGUAUGAAAAAUGAAGAUAAGCUAAUUAAAAAAUAUAUCACGAUCUGCCAAUUUUAACAGGUCACUUAUAAUAAUGCCAUGUCAACAAUGAUACAAGGAAAAAUAUAAUAUAUAAUAUAUUUUUGUAUAUAGUCUAAAUAUUAAAAACCUUAAUAAA